AUCCGCAGAACACAAGGUAAGGUUCAGACGUUGCCCUCGAUGACGAGAACUACAGCGCGAGGUUAAAGUUGUGUUGAAGACAACACCGAAACGACAGACUGAAAAUUGAAAAGGAAAAUGACGUCGUCCGAGAAGACACUUUGUCGAGGGACAAAUAAGUUCGAGCGACCGCAGGACGCCAUUUUCCUGGCUCCGGUUGUGAUGCACAUGCAAAGUGAUGAUGUGCAGCAGCUGAUAGCUCAACAUGAACAGCUUCCUCCGCAGACUCAAAGGGAAAGCUCCGGCUUGGAGCGUUCUCGGUCAUCCCUUGUCGCAGAGGAACAAGAGGAAGUGCAGACUGCUCACGUCAAAGAGGAAGAGGAGGAGCUUGAUGUGAACGAGCUGCCGCUGACUGUCAUCGUUGUGAAGAUUGAAGACGACGGAGAUCACUCGCAGCUUGGAGGAGCACCACCUGGCACGCUCGCAGCUCCGCAGUCACACAGCGUCACCGGCCAAGAGCAUUUGAAGAGCGACGCAGACUGCUCAGGGGACAACCAACACUCUAACAGCUCUGAAAAAGAGACAACCCUGAACAAGACAAGUAGUCCAACACGCAGGAGACAUUGCAGGCGUCAGGAAGAUUUUGCCGGCGCAGUCUGCGGCGAAACGUUUUUACAUGAGACUAUUUUGAACGCACACGUGCAGAAACACAUGAGAGAAAGACCUUUUUGUUGCUCCGUUUGCGGACAAAGGUUUAUUAAAAAGUCAGAUAUGACUCGACACAUGCGGACAACACACAGAGGAGAAAAGCCGUUCCGGUGCACAGUUUGCGCGAAAGCGUUCACGCAGCAGAUCAACAUGGUCGAACACUUGAGAACACACACGGGAGAAAAACCUUUCACAUGCUCCGUUUGUGACAAAAGCUUUUCCAUCAAGACCUACUUGAACAAACACAUGAGAACACACACGGGAGAAAAACCCUUCAGUUGCUCCGCUUGUGAGAAAAGCUUUACUAAUAAGUCUGAUUUGAACAGACACACAAGAUCCCACGCGGGAGUCAAACCUUUCAGUUGCUCCAUUUGUGGAGACACAUUUGCAGUAAGGGCCUCGCUGCUUGCACACACAUUAGCGCACACGGGACAAAAACAUUUUACUUGCUCUGUUUGUGAUAAAAGCUUUUCCAUCAAAACCUACCUGAAGAAACACAUGAGGACGCACACGGGAGGAAAACCCUUCGGUUGCUCCGAUUGCGACAAGAGCUUUGCUAAUAAGUCCGAUUUGAACAGACACUCGAGGACGCACACUGGAGAGAAACCUUUCGCCUGCUCAAUUUGCAGUAAACAAUUUUGUUACAAGUACAGUUUGACUGCACAUAUGCUGACACACAACAGACAAGAAAAUGUUUUGAUUCCAACAAUAUAAAACGAUGCAGUGAUUGGGAAAUAAAUACAGAUGUCGAUUGUG